AUGCCUCCCAAGCGAAAACAAACCACCACCACCUCCACCACCUCCGAGGCCGACAAUGCCCCCUCCGCCACCGCGAGCCCCGCCAACUCCAAUACCAACUCGGCCCGUGACGCCCCCGUCAAGCGCCAGCGCGUCUCCAGGGCCUGCGACCAGUGCCGCGCCGCCCGUGAGAAAUGCGAUGGCAUCCAGCCGCUGUGUUUCCCCUGCGUCUCGCAGAACCGCGCCUGCACAUACGAGGCCAACCCCAAAAAGAGAGGCGUCCAGACCGGCUACAUCAAGACCCUCGAGGUCGCCCUGGCAUGGCUCUUCGACAAGGUCCCCGGCUGUGAGGAGUCUCUGGAGAACCUGCUGAUGCACGAGGGUGGCCAGGGCCAAAGCCUCUUGGUCGGCAAGGAUUCCGAGAAGUCCAACCGCUUACACAAGAGAUGGAGGAGGAGCAAAGUCCACAGGGGCAUCGACCGCAUCCUCUCAGGCGGCGAGGUCUCCCAACCGCGACCUGAAUCCGACGAUGGUGACAGUGAUGCCGAGCAGGCUAACAAGGCAUCGAUCCUCACUCACAGUCAGACCCCGAGUGCGGGCCCCGAGCCGCCUUCGGCACGAAGUGAUGGCCUAAUUGUAGCGGACGUGUCUGGGACCUUAUUCUUGCCUCCAAAUCACUGGAGACUCCUCGAUAUCUACUUCAGCUACACGCACUGCUGGUUUCCUAUCCUCGAGAAACAAGACCUGUUGAAAACGGUCUACCUGUACUCUGCCGAAGGCAUCGACGUUCAGCGCACCAGCCCUGCAUCUGCCGCUCAUGCUGAGCUUUGGGCCGCCAUGGCUUUGGCCUCCUACCAGAAUGUUUCAAGCGCAAAGCUCUCUGCUCACAGUAACUCUGUCGACGCCAAGUACUCACCAGAUAAACUCUACAAUAUUGCCAGGUCUCUCGUGCCUUCCGAAGAGGGCCAAUUCGAAAUUCAGCACGCUAGGGCGUUGCUUCUUCUGGCGCUAAUAAGUGUUGGCAAAGGCCAGAAGACAUGCGCGUGGAUACUGGUCGGCCUCGCCCAUCGGAUUGCCCUAGACGUUUCGGAGGCCCAUCUGGGCGAUGAGCGGUUCUCGCGGCGAGUUACAGCGACGCUAAUGGGAUGCUACAUCCUCGAUACUCUGAUAUUCGUCCAUCGGAGAGGCAUGCCGAGUCUCGAGACUGCAGGUAUACUCGAGGGCAUGAGUAUUCCAGAAGAUAACUUGGAUGAAUGGCAGCCAUGGGCGCCAUGUGAUGGUUUCGGUCAGGGCUUUUCUGGCCCGGCUACCCUUUCGCGAAGUCCGGCCUACUCAUUGACCACUUUCAACCAGCUUUACGAUGUUUUCAAGUUUCUGCGGAAAAGAUCGCUGCACAGGCAGAAUGGUCGGGCUUUGGAGACUCCCGCAGAAGUAACGAUACUGCUACACCAGACAAUAAAACCGCGCCUGCCUUUCGGCAACUUCAUAGUUGCUCGGGACUCUAGCUCCGCCACGAUACCAUCCGCCUAUGUUCUACGAGUCUUGUUUCUAUGGGUCAGCGCAUUGCUUAAUUCGGCAGAGUCGCCGUGCGCUCUCAUUCUAGAAUCCAUUGAGCAAUACCUGGCUCAGUUCGGCCCUUGCGGAACACCGCCCUUCUUCGCCACCUGCCUGGCCAUGCUUAGCCAGCACCGCAGCUUCGCCGAGCUCCAGACACCGAGUAGGGAGAGGUGGCAGUCUAUUAGGAUCAUGUUAACAAUGAUCUGGACACCCGCUGGAAACAGGUUUUCCAGUGAGCCUCGGCCAGGCUCUGCCGUCUCAAACACCGCCGGUGCAUCAAAUGCAUCCAUGGGUUCCACGUCCAUGCACACAUCCAAAAGUAUACCAACGGCCACAACAACAGGGUUCAUACCAACAAACCGCCUCCAGACUCCGACACUUGCUGCAAAGCAACGCCCACCAGGCGCAUCUCCUUUCAUGAUGGGCCAAUUCUCUCCAUCUACACAGCCGGCCCUGAACCCAGCUGCCAGCCCACAGGUGAACAACGCAAGCAUCAACAUGAUGGACACCAACCCCAUCAUACAUGGCGGCCCUGGGCCGCGCGCGAUGGGACAACAUUCACACGCCAACCCCGGCGCGGUGCACCGCGAGAGCUUCGGCGGGGGCUCGCUAGACUACGACGCCAUCUUGGACGACCUCUCGUCCAUGGACUAUAUAGAUCGCGUCGACGCGGACCCGCAGUUCAUGGCGAACUUGGGGUUCGCCCCGGGCUGUGACAUCUCCGAGGUAUUGAACCGGGAGUUCGGGGCAAUAUGA